CGUUCCGAAACGAGAUGGGAACUUCUGUGAGGAACGGGAUGGGUGCUUCCCGUUAUUUUGUGGAAAAUGAAUGGGGCACAACCACGUACCCGGCCUCCACUGGACAACAACCACCAUCCCUGGUCCCUGGUCCGCACUCCUCUCCUCUCUUCUCUUCUCCGCCGCCAUGUUGGAAUGCCGACAACGCCUCCCGGCGUCCGCCAGCGCCAGCGCCCGCGGUGGGUCGGCAAUUGUGCUGAGAAGCGAGCGAGCGAGCGAGCGCGCGCACGGCGCGGCCGUUGGUGUCAGUGGUGAAGGGGAAGGUCGCGCGCGCGCCGCAGCUGCAGCCGCCGCCGCCGCCGCCGCCGCAAGCCGUGCAUCAAGAAAUCGCGGCCGGAAUCUAAACUCUUCGCGUUUUCUUUCAACGGUUGAAGAGAAAGAAAAAAAAGCACUGAUUAUUGAUUGAAACGUAUUCUCCAACGGAGCAGCGCCCCUUAACAGGAGGAAAAACGUUUCCGAUGUAUAUCACUUGACAGGAUGAAAACUGGGCCUCUGAAUUUAUAAUUUAAACACAGAAUAUGCUUGAUUCCAUCCAUCCUGAACUACCAUUCAUUCAGCACCAAGGCUCCAGCCAUACUCUUUCUGAAUAUGACCGACACAUAGCAACCCGCAGAGGCAUGGCAGCUGCUUACCUUGACCCGAACUUGAAUCACACAGCAGGUUCAGGAGCCAAGUCUCGCUUGAGUAUGGAACGCUCUCCUGGUGCCAUGGAACGAGUACUGAAGGUCUGCCAUUAUUUUGAGAGUAAUAAUGAACCCUCAAACUGGAUCAUGAAUAUUCGGCAUGGCGAUGCGACAGAUGUCCGGGGUAUUAUUCAGAAGAUUGUAGAUUCUCACAAAGUAAAGAAUGUGGCAUGCUUUGGCAUUCGACUCAGCCAUAUGCAUUCAGAGGAAGUCCAUUGGCUACAUCCAGAUAUGGGUGUUUCACAUGUGCGUGAGAGGUUUGAACAGCAUCACCCUUCAGAUGAAUGGAGGUACGAGCUUCGAAUCAGAUAUUUACCAAAAGGUUUUCUGACUGAGUUCAGUGAAGAUAAGCCUUCUUUAAAUUUCUUUUAUCAACAGGUCAAGAAUGAUUAUAUGAUGGACAUAGCUGAUCAAGUGGACCAAGAUAUUGCACUGAAACUAGGAUGCCUUGAGAUCCGGAGAUUCUAUAGAGAAAUGCGGGGAAAUGCCUUGGAAAAGAAAUCCAAUUAUGAAUUGCUGGAAAAGGAUGUGGGUUUGAAAAGGUUUUUUCCCAAGAGCCUUUUGGAUUCUGUCAAGGCAAAAACACUGAGGAAGUUGAUACAGCAGUCUUUUCGCCAGUUUGCCAAUUUGAAUGAAGAGCAAAGUGUUCUGAAGUUCUUUGAAAUUCUAUCUCCAGUUUAUAGAUUUGACAAGGAAUGCUUCAAAUGUGCCCUCGGGUCAAGCUGGAUAAUUUCAGUGGAAUUGGCAAUUGGACCGGAAGAAGGGAUCAGCUACCUUACCGACAAAGGCUCUAUGCCAACUCAUCUGGCUAAUUUCAACCAAGUGCAGACAAUUCAGUAUUCGAACAGUGACGAUAAAGACAGAAAGGGAACUUUGCAAUUAAAAAUAGCUGGUGCUUCAGAGCCUUUGACCAUUACAACUCCAUCGCUGAACAUCGCAGAGAACAUGGCAGACUUGAUAGAUGGAUAUUGCCGCCUUGUAAAUGGAGCUGUGCAGUCAUUCAUCAUCAGGUCCCAGAAAGAAGGAGAACGUGCCUUGCCUUCCUUACCCAAGUUGUCAAACAGUGAAAAGCAAGGAUUGAGGACUAGAGCUGUUUCAGUCUCGGAUGAAAUUAGUGGGGACGAAACCGAUGAUUACGCAGAGAUCAUAGAUGAAGAGGACACUUACACCAUGCCUUCUAAAAGCUAUGGGAUAGACGAAGCCAGGGAUUAUGAGAUACAGCGAGAGAGAAUUGAACUGGGUCGUUGCAUUGGAGAGGGACAGUUUGGUGAUGUGCAUCAAGGGAUUUACAUGACUCCAGAAAAUUCUGCCAUGGCAGUUGCUAUCAAAACAUGCAAAAACUGCACUUCGGACAGUGUACGGGAAAAGUUCCUACAGGAAGCCUUGACCAUGCGACAAUUUGACCACCCUCAUAUAGUGAAGCUGAUUGGCGUAAUUACUGAAAAUCCAGUCUGGAUAAUUAUGGAACUGUGUACAUUUGGAGAGUUACGUUCGUAUUUGCAAGUGAGGAAAUACAAUUUGGACUUGGCCUCCUUAAUUCUGUAUGCCUACCAGCUAAGCACAGCACUCUCUUAUCUGGAGAGCAAGAGAUUUGUACAUCGGGAUAUUGCUGCUAGAAAUGUGUUGGUAUCCUCAUUGGACUGUGUAAAGUUAGGUGACUUCGGUCUGUCAAGAUACAUGGAAGAUAGCACUUACUACAAAGCUUCAAAAGGGAAGUUACCCAUCAAAUGGAUGGCUCCCGAAUCAAUCAACUUUCGUCGGUUUACCUCAGCAAGCGACGUAUGGAUGUUUGGUGUUUGUAUGUGGGAAAUUCUAAUGUAUGGAGUGAAACCAUUUCAAGGAGUAAAAAACAACGAUGUAAUUGGUAGGAUUGAAAAUGGUGAACGCUUGCCAAUGCCUCCAAACUGCCCACCGACGCUGUACAGCCUUAUGACAAAGUGCUGGGCAUAUGAUCCCAGCAGAAGACCUCGAUUCAAUGAACUGAAACAACAACUCAGCACAAUAUUGGAAGAAGAGAAAAUGCAGCAAGAAGAACGGAUGAGAAUGGAGCAGAGACGACAGAUCACAGUUUCCUGGGAUUCUGGAGGAUCAGAUGAAGCCCCUCCAAAGCCCAGUAGACCUGGUUACCCAAGUCCACGAUCCAGUGAUGGAAUAUUCCCCAGUCCACAACAUAUGGUGCAACACAAUCAUUAUCAGCAGGUUUCUGGAUAUACUGGUUCCCAUGGAAUUUCACCCAUGCCUGGAAGUAUUUAUUCAGCACAGGCAGGUGUAUUAGAUGCUCACGAUUCCUGGAAUCACCAUAGACCUCAGGAUAUUCAAAUCUGGCCACAAAACUUAGAGGAUACUAGCACUUUGGAUAUGCGUGUAAUGGGACAGAUGCUCCCAACAAAUGUCAUGGAAGAACGGUUAAUAAGGCAGCAGCAGGAAAUGGAGGAGGAUCAGCGAUGGCUUGAACAAGAAGAGAAGUUUUUGAAACCUGAUCCAAGAUCUUUGAGAAAUAAUGUUGAUCGGGAUGAUGGAGGUCUCCUUGAUCCGACUGGUAAUCAACACAUCUAUCAGCCUGUUGGUAAACAAGUAGAGCAUGCAGCGCCGCCAAAGAAGCCACCUCGACCUGCAGCACCUAGCCAUGGAGGAAGUGUCGCCAGCCUUAAUAGUCCAACUGAAAGUUACAAUGAAGGAGUAAAGAUCCAGCCACAAGAAAUAAGCCCUCCACCCACAGCUAACUUGGACCGUUCCAAUGACAAAGUAUAUGAAAAUGUGACUGGUUUGGUGAAAGCAGUGAUAGAGAUGUCCAGCAAAAUCCAACCAGCACCUCCAGAGGAGUACAUACCAAUGGUGAAAGAGGUUGGUUUGGCAUUAAGAACGUUAUUGGCUACAGUCGAUGAAAUCAUUCCGUCUCUCCCAGCAAGCACCCACAGAGAGAUCGAGAUGGCACAAAAGUUAUUGAAUUCUGAUUUAGCAGAAUUGAUCGGUAAAAUGAAGCUAGCGCAACAAUAUGUGAUGACGACUCUGCAGCAUGAAUACAAGAAACAGAUGUUAACAGCUGCACAUGCAUUGGCGGUGGAUGCCAAAAAUCUGCUGGAUGUUAUUGACCAAGCCAGACUGAAAAUGAUCGGAGGUCAGCCAAGACCCCUCUAGCUCUCUGGAAUCUGCGUUGGGCCAGUGUGGGCAGGGUCUUGAAACGAUCACGUGAUCAAAUCUGUAACCAUCGCAUGGAGUCACAAAGAGCCAAAAAAAACUUUAUAUAUCUACAAUGUAUAGAAGCCAAGAAUGUGCUAUAAUAUCAAGGAUUCUGGGACACCUCAGGGCUGAGAAUUCUUGCUGCACAGUACUGAAACUCCAGACUGGAACUUUUCUCACUGAAUAGAAACAGACCAAUAUUUAGCUGCAAUACAUCAACCAGGAUUUGAACAAAGAUGUUAUAUUUUCAGACUGAAGUCAUUUAAUGUAACAAAAUAAAGUUUCUUGUUCCUCCAUCUCUCAUGAAUGGAGGUGCUCUUAUAUUUCAAAAACACACUUAAGUGUUGGUUUCAAACUAGCAUGUAGAAUAGUGCUGAGACUGAACCUUCCUUUGAGCAGAAGUACAUGCUAGUUGUUUAGAGAAAACCUGGAACAGAUAAAGCUGCAUUUGUUGAUGUGGCAAAAUCGAGUGUUGUGUAUUAAUAUUUCUUCUACCAUUGUUUAAUUUCAUUUUUUAAUUAUUUAAAAUGAAAGCCAUGAUGACAAUUAAAAACAAAAUAGUUCAUAACCACCAUGUUUCUGGCUUGUCUAGGAGUUUGUUGGGAACAGUGUAGUAUGCAGGCAUGGUACAUUUAUUUUUAAUUUCCCAUAUGUUAUUGCUUUUCUCUGGAACUCCCUCCUUCAUUUUGGGGUAUAAAUUAUUCUCAGGAAGAAUAUAAUGAACUGUACAGUUAUUUGACCUAUUAAAAAGGUGUUAACAAGAA